UUUUGAAAAAGGAUUCAAAAGUUGUGAGCAAAAUGUGCUGCUUUGCAGCCAGAAUGCUUCAAAAUAUAUUUGCUGUAUAUUACAAAUGAACAAUGAAGAAGCAACAACCUGCAGCCGCAUUUCGUGGUAAUUUCAAAGUAAUAGUUGAUCCCCAACUAAAAAAAGGACAGGAAAAGUUGGUUCGGUUUAAUGGAACAGAAUACAGCUGUGAGAACCAUGGACAAGCACCUGUUGCUGUUCGUGAUCCACGUGCAAGAGUAUCAAGAUUAUGGAGUCGAAAAGAAAGAAUUGAUCUUCCUGUACCAAGAUAUAAGGUGGAUGAGAACUACACUGGUGAUGUACCACCAAGAGAAGUAACCUUUUCAAAAUUAAACGAUAAUAUCACCAAACAGUUCAUGGAACAAAUGUGUUCUAAGUAUGGAAAACUUGAAAGAGUACGUGUAUACCAUCAUCCCAAAACGAACAAGCACAUGGGACUUGCAAAGGUUGUUUUUGCUUCCAUCAAGUCUGCAUCCAUGUGUAUAUCUAAUCUGCACCAAACUUCAAUAAUGGGAAAUAUUAUUAAUGCCGAAAUUGACAGUAAAGGUGAACUGUUAAAACAUCUUUUCAAUAAAAUAAUUCGUGGAGAAAUAUUGGCUGAGACGAUGCCAGAUGUAAUUCGACACACACAAGAAAAACCAAUCACUCGGCCAGUACCUGUUAAAGACAGAAGGAAAUCAUCUCAAGAAGAUCCAAGACGAAGGUCAUCAAGUGAUAGGAAGUCCUCCAUGGAGCAAACAACAUCCAGUCACGGUCCAAAGACUCCUCCAUCUACUCUUAUUGAUGGAAAGCCCAAUGAUAACAAACAAGACUUGCUAAACAUGGAGGGUGCAAGAGUUCCAAUGCAUUCAAAUACCAAAUCAUCGGAUAAUGAAAGUGGGGUUUCUGAUGAAGCUACCAGACAGCACCAAAAUCCCCGGGUAAACAAACGUAAAGUUAAGAAAAAGAAAAAGUCUAGGAAAUAUAGCAGGAACUCUGAUAGUGAUACUGAAAUGGAAAAAGGUAAAAAAGGAUUACCCAUGUGGUCCACUGAAUUGGAACAACGUAUUGAAAAUUUAUUAUCCGAACAAAAUCGUAAGUACAACCUUGAUAGUACAAGUCGGUCGUCGAGCCAUGAAUUUAAAAGUACAAGCAGCACAAAAUCUAGUGAUCGGAAGUACAGUGAACAAUCAGGGACUGAUAAUGAUCAUUCAGAAACAGCUGAGGAAAGUGAUGUUUUCGAUCAAGCUUCCAUGUCAAACCACAACCAUGUAGAAACAGCUGAACUUAUUGAUUUGGAGGAUGGUGAGUGCUCCGGUGAUGCAGAAGAAGUCCACAAUGGAAGAUCAAGGAAACAAUCUCCAGUCAUACAAGUGAUGGAAAGAGCGCAACAUGAAACUUCUCCUGAUACGAAAUCUGAACGCGUUUCUUAUUCCCCUUCUGUGGUUAACUCUGUAAAUGAAAAUUCAUACCACGAUAACUCCCCCAAUCAAUUUCCUCCAAGUCAGUCACCCCACAGAAUAGUAGGUAGAAGUAUACCAACAGACUCAAUAAACUAUGAAAGACGACAUGAAGAUCGUCGGAGACCGCCCAGUCCAAUUGAGUUAAGAUCACGCAGUCCUUUCCCCCAAGAAAGGUAUCGGCACGGUGGUCGAAGUCCAGAAUACAUUGAUAGACACCACUUUGACCGUUAUCCACCAAGACACCGAAGCCCAUCCUUUGAACAUCGACACCGGAGAAGUCCGCCACCUUUUGAACUUCAUCGACCAAGGGGUCGUAGUCCAAACUUUGAUCACCGCGGUUUCCACCACGGGGGUUAUAGAGGAAGAAUGGGAAGUCCUGGUUAUAUGCGACCAUCAGAUUUUCCACCUGGGCAUCCUGAGUUCAACAGAAGAAGGAGUCCAAGUCCAGGGUUUAGUCGUAGAAGAAGAAGUAUCUCCCCCGUCCAUCCAAGGUAUGGGAUUCGUAGGGAGUUUGAAAUGAGUCCCCGUCGAGAUAGGUACCGACGAACACCACCAGAUAUCGGUCGCCAUCGUCGCGAACCUAGUCCUCGUUUUGCUGAGUAUGAUCGUCAUAGAAGAAGAAGUCCUGGCUUCCAUAGAGAUCAUCAUUACCAUCCUCCCUCGAGCCCGGACUCUCGAAGGCAACGAGAUAAACGGGAACUUCCGCCAGAAUUUCAGGAAAGAUGGUCAAGAAACCGUUCCCAAAGUCCUCACCAUUCACACUUCAGACGAGACACUUCACCCAGGCACGAUAGUCACAUGAGAAGAUCGAGAUCCAAUUCUAGAAAUUGCUCAAGACCCCGAUCUCGUUCCCCAAAACUCACAGAUGAUCGACCUUACUCACCUGGUGACUUUGCUGUUGAAGAUAAUAUUGAAUCUGAUGUUGCUAUUCAUACUUCUGUAUCUACUGAUGCAGUUGAAUCUUAUAGUGAUUCUGCAAAUCAUAAGAAAGGACGACGCAAAAACAAUGAUUCAUCUGAUGUUGGUGAACUACAGCAAAUAUCACUGGAUGAAAGGUUAAGAGAGAUGACCGGGGAAGCCCCUGAUGAUGGGACACCUCCACACUCCCCAUUAUUAACUGAAGCAGAGGUUCCAGUGUCUGAUAAUCAUCAGGAAGACAUACCGGAUGGUUCGGACGAUAUGGAAAUAUCUUCAGGUGGUAGCACACACUCACCUCACUUACAGGAGAAACAAAACUUUCAUCCAAACCAGCAAUCAUGGCAGUAUAAUCAACAAGAAAUGUGGAAUGGUUUUGAUCCUAGAUUUCAUCUUCCCAACCAACAACCAAUGUGGUGUCCUCCAGCACAAAGGUUUCCACAUAAUGUUCCAAAUGGUUUUAUUCGACCUUUCAUGCCAGAUUGUCCGAUUGACAUGAAAAUAUUACCACCCCCACCCCCUGGUUGGAACAACAGACCAUGGGUGCAGGGUCAACCUGGUGUCCCACAUAUGUCACACAUGCCACCUCCCUUCUUACCACCAUUAAUGCAAGGUUUGAAUCAAAUGGAUAACACAGCAGUUGACAAUGCAUUCGCACACUGUGCUUUAAACAAAGUGGCUGCAGAACUAAAGGAAAUCAUGAAAAAGGACUUGAAUCGGAAAGUUAUUGAAUCAAUGGCAUUCAAAGUGUAUGAAGCAUGGUGGGACGAACAGUAUGCACUCAAAAACCCAAAACCGGCGGCUCUAAAAAAGACAACUGUCCAUCAAAACCAAGCAAGUUUAAAAACUGAAUCAAAUAUCAACACAGAACAACCAGUAGUUGAUAAAGUUAAAGCUGAAAGCAAACCUGCUGGUAAAUUGCCAGCUUUGCUUAACACAUUUGAUCCACUUAAUUGGGCUAAAGGUUCAAUGGAAAUGGAUGGAUUUCGAAUUGGUCUUGGACUUCGAUCUGCCAUCUCUAAGAUGCCUUCAUUUCGUGUCAAGAAACCAACUCCAAGCUUUGAUGAGAAAUCAAAACUAAUUGGUGACAAAUCUAAAGCUGAAACGAAAUCCGAACAAGAGGUUCAACGAAGAAAGAGGAUCCGACAAACACUUGAUAGUGAGGGAGAGGAAGAUGAUGAAAGUGAUUAUUCAGAUGUGGACGACAAGAAAACAAAAAUAAUUGGUCGGCUUGAUGUUGAUGAAGUCUUCAGCACAUCUUCAUCAUCUCAGAGCUCGGAAGAUGAAGAUGAUGAUCAGGAGUCCAGUGAAGAGGAGAGUGAUGAAGGAUCGGAUGAGGAUGUUGAACCAUUAAUUGGAGUGAAGAGGACAAUACAUGAUGAUGUGAGGAGUGAACCUCCGAAAAAGAAGAAGAAAGAUAACAUAGAUGAAGUGAAGAUUGAAGCUGAAGUUUCCAAACCAACAAACAGAUCUGAUGACGUAAUAAAAGCAGCAUCAAUGUUAUCCGAGUUACAAUCCGGUAAAUCAUUACUUCCACCAUCUGCGCCUGCCAAUAUUGUUACAUCACAAACAUUAAAACACGUUCAUCCGAAGAAAAGAUUUCGUUUAAUUUCUACUGAUGCAAGUGGUCAUGAGAUAUCUGAAAGGCUUCGUUCCGAUGAUGAAUUAUCAGCUAUGAGUGACAAAGAAAAAGCAGCUUUGGAAGUUCUCACUGAUAUGAAAUCAACACCAGAGCGACGAAUGUCAACUGUAAAUAGAUUGUCAAGUUCUGAUUCAAGUGACCAACCCAUCCUCCCAACUACACCUGGUCGUCAACACAGUGAAGUGACGAGUGUCUUCUCACCACCUCUCACCCCCGCACCAUCAUCAAGGUCAAUAUUCAGCCAUGAUACACACCCAAGCAGUGACAUGCGAAUACCUAUAACACCCGGCUCUGAUACAAAUCUUAGUGAUCGUAAAAAGUCUGACAGCAAAGAAUUGGAAGCAGUUCAAGCGUUGCUCUCAAUAAAAGAGUCCCAACCUCCCAUCCCUCCCCUGUCUCCUCCCACUCCUGUGAGCACCAAGCAUCAACCAUUGAAGAAGAGAGCAGAUCUUCGUUUAACUAUACCUCCGAAAAGAAGCACUUCUGUGUUGACACAAGAGGAUAAAGAUAGGAUGACAGCAUUAGCUGAGGAGCAUAACUACUUUGCAACAUCACCAAGAGUUAAACCAACAUCAAGUCACAUCCAUCCAUCUCUGCUUCAAAUAUUAGAAGAACAUAACUACAGCUGUCCACCGAGCCAAGCACCAAAAACACCACUGAAAAAAUCCCAAGAUGAAGCACCAUUCUUACAUAAUGAUGUCAUAUCAACAUCUGAAUCUCCGGCAUCAGCAGCUGAACUUGUGAAACUGCGGCAUGGUGAUUCAAAGAUGUACAAAAAAAUUAAACAGAGGACUGACCAAUUAUAUUAUGAGGAGAAAAUCAAAAGGUCACUGGUUGGUCGGUUUAGGGAACGCACACAUAUGGAUGAUAUGAGGAUGAUGUAUAAUAUCUGGGAUAGAGGGCUGGAUGUCGAAGAUAUGAAGUAUUUACGUCAAGAAUAUGAGGAUAUGUUGGCCAACCCUGGUACAGGGGGGUGGGUGAAUGACACACACUGGGUGCCUCACCCUGCUACAUACUUCCCUGAUGAAAACGAUGCUCUCACCACUUCUCCUGAUAAAAGGAACAAAAGGAAAAGAAGGCAGGCACGAAAAGAUGAUAUCUCGGAUAUCAAACCUCAUAAAACUGGAUGUGCAAGAUCUGAAGGUUUUUACAAAGUGAACGAUAACACGAAGUUGAUACAACGGAAGUUAAUGUACAGACAAGCUGACAACACACCGCAACCAAAAGGUCGAUCAAAGUACGCAAAUGAAUCUGCCAGUACAUCGGGUGUAGCCACCGAGAAAUCCCGCGAAACGAGGCACAUGAUGCGACGCAUUGCAUCUGAAUUCGGUUCUGACGCAAGCGAUCUGCUUAAGUAUAAUCAACUUAUGUAUCGAAAGAAGAGCGUUAAGUUUAAGCGAAGUCAUAUUCAUGGUUGGGGUCUUUUUGCCGAGGAAACUAUUGGAGCUGACGAAAUGGUCAUUGAAUAUGUUGGCCAACUUGUUCGUUCCCUCAUUGCUGAUAGAAGAGAGGUUGAUUAUACACGACGUGGUAUUGGAAGCUCGUAUUUAUUCCGCAUUGAUUCUGACCACAUAAUUGAUGCGACGAAAUGCGGGAAUUUUGCCAGAUUUAUGAACCAUUCAUGCAACCCAAGUUGUUAUGCUAAAGUAAUAGCCGUGGACGGGGCAAAGAAGAUUGUCAUAUACUCCAAAGAUACAAUCAAACCAACCGAUGAAAUAACUUACGAUUAUAAGUUCCCGAUAGAAGACGUUAAAAUUCCUUGUUUCUGUGGCGCACCUAACUGUCGGGGGACGCUUAAUUAAAUAGCCCCUACCUCUAAAUAUUUCUACGAACCUACGGGAGUUUCGAAUUAACUAUUUCCACCUAAAAAAAGUUACUCUGUUAUAAGAGCAGUAUAUAGCCUAUUUUAGGAAUUAAUCUGUCUCUUUUUCAUCUAUAUUGCCCGAAAGUCAAUAGUUUGUUACAAUUUUUUACGCUCUGUGGUUGCCGAGUUAAGUUUCCACCCCUGCAUUUUAUUAUGUCGUUGCUCACUGCUACAUUUUGAUAUUUUUUGCGAGUUUUGUUGAGCGCUGUAGUAAAACAGGAAGUUUAUAAAAAAAAAUAGAAUGAAAA